CCUGUCGCUCGAGUUGUACUUGGAGUUAUUGCCGAAGACGCGAGCACGAUUAUUAACAAGACUUUGCAGUGCAGUGCAGUCUGUCAUUCCGCUGCGACAAUUUGCAUCUAUUUAGUUGUCAUAGAAGCUUUGGCUUUUUCAACAAGCUUUGCCUUGAUCCACAUUUUCAGUCAACGACCGCUGCUGUUACAAGGUAUGAAUCCAUUGAGUGCUUCUUCUCAAUGGCCAGCUUGUGACCUGCAUCCGUCCACCUUCAACGACAUUCUGAAUGAAAGCGAGCUAACCGAAGAUGAAGCCGAAAUUUCUUCAGAAGAGGAGGACUUGGUGACUUGUAAGGUCUUAUCGGGCUACGAGGGAUGUUUCCGAGUUCGUUUGGAUCAGACGUGCCCGGGGUCCAAGAGGGCCCACCGCACUGUACAUGUUAGCGGGAGGAAAAAGUACCACCUUUCUCCUGGUGCCCCAGCUGGUGAUUCAGCAUCACCUUCAGCAGGAGACCGCGCCUUCACUCAGAAAUGUAUCGAUUUACACAACUUCAUCUGUCCUCUGAUGGAGCUUCUUCACGGCCUUAAAACUGGCAGGUUUAAUAAAGGUUUAACCAAUUUCCAGCAAAGCGUCGCCAUGGAUAGACUACAAAGAAUUCUGGGGAUUCUGCAGAGGCCUGAAAUGGGGGAGCGAUAUCUCCACAACUUGUUGCAGAUCGAGGGAAUGCUCAAGCUCUGGUUCCCUCAGGUGGCGCUUCAUCCCACGGUCACAUUAGCCCAAAGCUUCCCCCCCAAACAAAUAACUCACUGGUGCCAAAAUCAGCUCAGCAUGCCAGUUAAGAAGCGGAAACUCAUCUGGUCAGAUUCCGACUACACCGGAAUAGACCCACCCAAGAAAAAGAUGAAUUUACCUGGAAGCUUCCCAAUUGUGAUGCCGCGCACCUUUUCCACCAGUAUAACGAGGAAGCGGGACGCUCCUGACCAUGAAAGAGUCCGCGCCACUGAAGACAAACUGUCACGUGUACAUGUCAAAAACGAAACGGACGAAUAUGAAAUAUCUCGCAGCUCCUACAGCAGUUGCCCAGUUACACAGGACAAGUCAGUGUCUUCGAGUGCUGAUGCUGAUGCUAAUGCGUGCAAUAUCGACACAACAAUGUGCCAGUCUGAGUUCAAGUUCACUGCUUCAAUACAAUGUAAUUGACUGCAUCUUUUUAAAAGGCGUUUGCCCUUCAAACUACAAUCCACCCAAAAGGAACUGUUUGUACAUUUUGCAGUCAAAACACAACAAAGUAUAAUCGCCAAGUAUUCGUCUGAUUCAACUCUUCGCAUACAAAAAGGAAUUCUAUUCCAUCACACUCGAUGAUAGGAUUUAGCCCUCCACGUAGAUAAGCACAUGACUUGUGCCAUGUCUCAAGGUAUUUGCAUUUUUGGAGUGUUGCUAAAGGGCGCCUAGAAACAAAGUGUCAUUAAGGUAUUUGAAUUCCACAAUUUAAAUCUGGUUUGAAACGAAGGCUUUACAAUUGAAUCCUGACAAAAUCUGCCUGCAAUUGCACACUAUAUUUGACGAUGUACAGUGUAUUGAAUACAAUAUGAAUGUUGUAUUCUAUGUUAUUUAUGUCACGCAUUGCAGCACAAAAGCACGGGUUAAUGUGAAUCCUAGAAUUUAUUUAUUCUCUCGCAUCACUCUAAUUCCAAAAUGGAUUAGAAAAGGGCAAAAGAAGAUCAUUUUCAAGUUGCUGCUGACAAAGUACCCUGAAAUGAUAUUCGAUGCAUUCCCUUAAUCGACGAAAGCUGCUGCGAAAGCGCUUUCAAAUGAAAGAAUAAGUAACAUGCAUAUGGUAAUGAAGAAACUUCAAUGCCUUCAAUAUGUUUUGAUAGAUAUGGAACACUAUUUCCAAAAGGAUGAAUUGCACCUUAAGAAACGACCGCACUAGUAGCGUAUUUUAAAAUGGUGGCUUAAGAGAAUCAGCACUUACUACAUUAGCUGUGAUUAAAACGAAAUACUUUUGAGUUGUUUGUGUGUGCUGGGGUUUAACAUUUGUGCUACAAAUUUGUCAUGUAAAUAUUUUGCAUCACUUUGACACAAGGGAUGUCAAGUUCUGCAGGACCCAAAGUUAUUUAACAUGCUUUUUCACUCUACUUUUUAUACCUGACCAUUUGUGCAGAACUCCUCCGAGUAUUUAAUUUUUUUUUUUUAUUGCUGCUGUUUUGCAAUUCAUUACUAACGCUCAAAUUGUAAUACUUCAAAAGUGAAGCAUCUUGACUAUAUUUGAAAUCUUGCUUUGAUCAAUUUUUCUACUUCCAUGUUUGAAUUAAAAGCCAAUUCACGGUGA